CAGGUUGAAGAGUGCAAACAUGACAGCAGGUUCAGUGGCAGCACCUCAAAUAAUUCCCAUUCGCAUGCCUCCUCCAGGUAAAGCCAAGCAUGAGAUUGACUCCUGCACUCCUGUAGAGAUCAGAUCAGAAUCCUCUGAUGUGAGUGUGCUGCUGUACACGCUGGAUGGCAGUAAGCCUGAGGAGAUGAAGAGACCGGGCUCUGGCAACAGCACUAUGAAGUUCACUGAACCUAUUCGCUUACCUGUGGGGAAAGUGUCUGUGAGAGCCAUGGCUGUCACCGCCGAUGGCCGACAGAGUGCUGUCGUCACCAAGCUUUUCAUAGUGGAUCCUGCUUCAGAUGAGGAUCAGACUACGGAUCAUGAGGAGGACUCUUUGAAGAAUGGCAGACCGAUCAAUGGCAAGAAUGGGAGCGAAAAUGGAGCUGGCAUUUCCUCUAUUCAAUUUUUAGAUAUUCCCAGUAGUGAAUCUCGAAGAGCUCUGAAAGGUCCUCGAUUCCUCUCACAGCGUCUCGGCCCCGGUUCAUCUGCACGGCUGACAGUUGAAAACCAAAACCAGAGUGCAGAUGUUGUGGAAAGUCCCUUAAGAAGCUUGACAAGCACUCAGACAUCACGGAUUCAGAGAGAGACGGAUUUCCUUAGAUGUCCAAAGUGCCUGAAUCAUCGCCCUUCAGACCCUUUUGCCCGAUUCUGUCUGCACUGUGGAUCACCAGUACCCCCAAUACCAGGUCAAAGACUCCCCCCUACUGAAGGAGGACAGAUGGGUCUAUGCGUGCACUGUAAAACCAUGGUGCCUCUCAAUACGGCCACAUGUGUGGUGUGCGAGUCUCCAUUGGCUCAACAACUGCAGCCGCAGGCUAGUCUGAGACUACUGGAUAAAUUAAUCUGUGGCUCGUGUGGGACAGGAAACCCGUCUCACAUCACACAUUGUGUCACUUGUGAAUCCCAGCUGCUUCAGCAAACCACACCCAUUUUAAGUGGACAGAGAGCUGCACCUGUACCCAGUUCACAGGGCAAAAUGGUCUCCUGCUCCAAGUGCAAUAGAGUCAACCACUCGGAUGCUCGAUUCUGCGACUGGUGUGGUGCAAAGCCCGGCCACAAAGCCAGCGCCGUGACGUGUUCUCAGUGUGGAGCUAGCAGCCACCCGUAUGCUAAUCACUGUGGUGUCUGUGGUGUCUUCCUGGACGGCCCACCCAGGACGCCCUCACAAGUAAACCAGGGACAGGACGCACAGGAAGCUGAUCAGCCCUCAGCCACCUGGCAGGGAGUUCCUGCGCCUGAAUCUACAACCGUGCCUCCAGCUGCGGGUUUGCGCACGUGUGCAGAUGCACAGACGCAGACAGUCGGUCUGUUUUUCCCAUCCAGCACUGAGCUGAAAAAACAGAGCCAACAGAGGGAGGCGGAGCUUAGCAGACAGGAACAGAUGAGUGACAGGAAGCCCGUCCUCACUGCCAUUAGUCCAGGCCGAGGGUUCUGGAGGAAGCAGGUGGACCACAUCUGCGCUCAUCUGCGCAGUUACACUCAGAAUAAUAAUGAGUUCAGAGCUCUGAUUGGAGAACCUCGGCUGGGCAGAAUGAUCUCUGCUGUUAUUCAGGAGGACAGCUAUGAAGUCAGUCUGCACAUCAAUUUCAUCUGUGCCUCACCGGAGGGAUCCAGGUCGUCUUCUGCAGGACAGCAGAGCCGAUCUGUGGGAUCAGAGAGUCUGAACCUCAGUGCUGUGACAGAAGGCAAGAGUUCAGCCAGUCCAGAGAGUAACAUUAAUACAACAGGAUUAUCAGCCAAAAGAAAGAAGCAGAAAAAGAUCAGGACCUCAGACGAUACAGAAAAGCAGUCGGAGUCUAAAGACAGUGUUCUCCUUAAGGAGGUGGGGCCUGAGGGGCGGGGCCGGAUCUCAGUGGUGCAGCAGCUAUUGGAUGAGGGUGCUGAUCCAGCAUGUUUGGGAAGUGAUGGGCAUCCUGCUCUGGUUGCUGCAGUGCUAAACGGGCAUCAUGAUGUCAUUCCUGUGCUGGUGCAGAGAGAAGCCGACGUUAACCAAGCAUCUGGACCGUUAAAUAACACGGCCCUGCAUGAGGCGGCAGCUCUGGGAAAUGAAGGUUUGAAGAGCGUUGAGAUACUCAUGGGGUGUAACGCAAGUAUCAGAAAGCAGAAUGAUCGGGGCCAGACGGCGUAUGGUAUUGCCGUGGCCGCCGGAAGCAGUUCUGUGGUCUCUCUAAUGGCAGCUCACAUGGGACAGGGUCUGCUACAGCGCCACACCAAGGCCAGGAGCGUGUCUGGACUGGAUACGUUCUCAUGAGACAAUCCACAUUUCACUCAAACCAAAUCUAAUCAGUGCAAUACAGUACUUGGAGAUUUGUUUAGGUCCUGGAUUUAAAAUUUCCAUCUGAACCAAAAUAAGUCAAGAUACACAUCUCACCAGCAAAACUGGCAUGUUCAAAACAAAUUAUUGCUUAUUACAGCCAUAUGGACCAAACAUUUAUAAUGGACCAUA